AUGUCUCUUCCAGGCCUCGAGCUGACACAGCCGUCGGAGGAAAGGCAGCAGGUUACUGCGCCUCCGUCGCAGAUCACCUUGAAUCCCAAUUGCGAAUGGCGCUUUGAGGUCGCUUUCGGACAUAUCAUUAAGGUCAAGCUCCUCCACGGAACCGCCGAGCUCUUUGGCACAGAGCUCGCCGAGUCGCAAACAUAUACCUUCUCCGGAACAAAGGCCGCAAUCUUCACAUGGCACGGCUGCACCUUAGAAGUCAGCGCAGCCGAAACAGCGUCAACAACCUCAGAUGGCGUAACACCAACAAUGGGCCAUGGCGCAGGCGGCUGCCAGAGCGAAUACACAGCAGAGGAAACACCCAUGAUGGAAUAUGCCAACGUCCACUUUGCGCUGGAGACAAUGCGCGAGGAAGCACAGUCAAUCGGCAAAGAUGGACCCCGCGUGCUCCUCCUGGGCCCAGAGAACGCCGGAAAAACCAGUGUGGCGAAGAUCUUGACAGCGUAUGCGACCAAGGUCGGUCGUCAGCCGCUGGUGGUCAAUCUCGAUCCGACAGAGGGCAUGCUCGGCGUCCCUGGUACCCUCACCGCGACUGCGUUCCGCACAAUCCUGGACGUCGAAGAUGGCUGGGGAAGUAGUCCCAUGUCCGGUCCCAGUCCAGUGCCUGUGAAGCUUCCCCUCGUGUACAGCUACCCACUGCAGAACCCGCUAGACGGUGAGGGCGCCGUCUACCGACCGAUCGUGUCGCGCCUUGCACUAUCUGUCACUGGCCGGAUGGCCGAAGAUGAAGAUGCGCGCGAAACUGGAAUUAUCGUCGACACGCCUGGAAUCCUGGGAUCGGAUAAGCCUGGCAGCAUGGAGCUGAUCAACCAUAUCGUGACGGAAUUUGCAAUCGACACUAUCCUCGUUCUGGGUUCGGAAAGGCUGUACAGCACUGUCGCCAAGCAAUACGAUAACAAGCCCAGUUCCAGCGCGACGGCCGCUGCAUUCGACGAACACAUCUCCGUUGUCAAAUUGACCAAAUCUGGUGGCUGUGCUGACCGCGACGCUGCCUUCCGUAAGGCCACGCGCGAGUCCCAGAUUCGUACUUAUUUCUUCGGCAAUAAUAUCCCUUCUUCUACGUCUGCAUCGACUGCGCUCUCUCUUUCCGCUUCUUCCUCUUCUGCUGUUACUCUCUCCCCGCAUGCACAGCAACUCGAUUUCGCCUCUCUCCCUGUUUACAGCUACACCGUUACCUCAAUCGAUGAUGAGGAUGAAGACGACUACGACCCCUCCCAGCUCGCAAUGGGUGACUCUUUUCUCCCCGGUGGUGGCGCCGAGGACCUCCAAGAGACAAAGCAAGACCCUGACCGCGCUGCCCCAUUACCGGGUGUCGUGGGCUCAUUCUCUGAACCCUCUGGUGGGACGAAUGUUUCCACCGCCGCCCAAAACAGCGGCAGCAAUGUCCCACUGAAGAAAGUCCUACCACCAGCCCCCUCCGCGCUCGCGAAUACCCUCCUCGCCAUCACCCAUGCUCCCACCACCGCAUCCCCCGCCGAAGUCCGCGACGCUAGCAUCAUGGGCUUCUUAUAUGUUGCCGAUGUCGACGCUGACAAGGGCAAAAUCCGUGUACUUGCGCCUGUUGGCGGGAGAAUGCCCCCGCGAGCUAUCAUCUGGGCGAAGCGUUGGCCUGGGGAGUUAGUUGGGUUGGUCGGUUAG